CUAUCAAAUAAUCUAGUUAAUUCGCUAGUUACAAAAAUAGCACCGCUGCAUAGUAUUUAAGGCGUCGAUUUUCCUUCCAACAAUCAUACGAGUGCCUGACAAGAUGUCGAACAAGAUUGCAAUCCUCCUGCUGGCUGUUCUGGUUGCGGUGGUCGCUUGUGCGCAAGCACAACCAUCCGGGCGGCAUCACUUGGUCCAUCCGCUGCUGCCCAGAUUCCUGCCUCGGCUUCAUCGCGACAGCAACGGUCAUCGCGUCGUCGGUGGAUUCCAGAUCGACGUGUCGGAUGCUCCGUAUCAGGUGUCCCUGCAAUACUUCAACAGCCACCGUUGCGGCGGCUCCGUGCUGGACAACAAGUGGGUCCUAACUGCUGCCCACUGCACCCAGGGUUUGGAUCCCAGCAGCCUCGCCGUGCGCCUGGGCUCAUCGGAACACGCUACUGGAGGUACUCUUGUCGGAGUACUGCGCACUGUCGAGCACCCGCAGUACGAUGGUAACACAAUCGACUACGACUUCUCACUGAUGGAGCUGGAGACUGAGCUUACCUUCAGCGAUGCGGUGCAACCGGUCGAACUUCCAGAGCAUGAGGAACCUGUCGAGCCAGGAACCAUGGCCACCGUGUCCGGCUGGGGCAAUACUCAGAGUGCGGUCGAGUCUAGCGAUUUCCUGCGUGCUGCCAACGUACCGACCGUGAGCCAUGAAGAUUGUAGCGAUGCCUACAUGUGGUUCGGAGAAAUCACCGAUCGUAUGCUGUGUGCCGGAUACCAGCAGGGUGGAAAGGACGCCUGCCAGGGAGAUUCCGGCGGUCCGCUGGUUGCUGAUGGCAAGCUGGUCGGUGUGGUCUCGUGGGGCUAUGGAUGCGCUCAGCCAGGAUAUCCAGGUGUAUAUGGACGCGUAGCCAGCGUUCGUGACUGGGUGCGGGAAAACAGUGGAGUGUAAAUCAUGGGCAAAUGGAAACAUACGAAUACGGACAAAAAUGAAUAAAUAAACAAGAACUGCAUAAUAAUGAAA